AUGAAUGCUGUCAAAGCUGAGUAUGAGGCUGCCAGGCGUCCCGGCUGGCCGCUGACGGCACUUGCAAUCACCACGGACGCGAACGACGCCACAGGCAUUGCAGACAUUGUCGCGCUCACUUGCGCGACAUUUGGCCGACUGGAUGUCGUGGUGAACAAUGCGGGAUACAUGGAGUCAUUCCGCUCGAUUGCCGAGUCUGACCCCGAGGAGUGGUGGAAAAUCUGGACGGUGAUCAUGCGUGGGACCUACAAAGUAACACGGGGGUGCCUCCCGCUAUUGCUCGAGCGUGGUGGGGACAGGACAAUUAAAAUGACGAGCAUCGGCGGGCACGAUGUCUCAGCGCAGACCACAAAGUUCGCAAUCAUGCCCUUUACGGAGCUCAUAAUGGCGGAGAAUGCGGAGAAGGGAAUCCUCGCAUAUCCCGUGCACCCUGGUGCCAUUCCGAUGGAAAUGUCUGCGAUAAUGCCUCAAAAGAUGAUACAUGUCCUAGUUGAUACGCUUGAGGUUGCGUCGCAUGCCAUUGUGUGGGUCGUGGGCGAGCGGAAAACCGAGCUGUCUCAUUGUGUUUAG